AACGCAAAGCACUGAAGUUGAAUUUUGCAAACCCACCUGUCAAAUCUACAGCAAGGUUUACUCUGAAUCCCAAUACUACAGGAGUCCAAAACCCACACAUAGAAAGACUGAGAACACACAGCAUUGAGUCAUCAGGAAAACUGAAGAUCUCCCCUGAACAACACUGGGAUUUCACUGCAGAGGACUUGAAAGACCUUGGAGAAAUUGGACGAGGAGCUUAUGGUUCUGUCAACAAAAUGGUCCACAAACCAAGUGGGCAAAUAAUGGCAGUUAAAAGAAUACGGUCAACAGUGGAUGAAAAAGAACAAAAACAGCUUCUUAUGGAUUUGGAUGUUGUAAUGCGGAGUAGUGAUUGCCCAUACAUUGUUCAGUUUUAUGGUGCACUCUUCAGAGAGGGUGACUGUUGGAUCUGUAUGGAACUCAUGUCUACCUCGUUUGAUAAGUUUUACAAAUAUGUAUAUAGUGUAUUAGAUGAUGUUAUUCCAGAAGAAAUUUUAGGCAAAAUCACUUUAGCAACUGUGAAAGCACUAAACCACUUAAAAGAAAACUUGAAAAUUAUUCACAGAGAUAUCAAACCUUCCAAUAUUCUUCUGGAUAGAAGUGGAAAUAUUAAACUCUGUGACUUUGGCAUCAGUGGACAGCUUGUGGACUCCAUUGCCAAGACAAGAGAUGCUGGGUGUAGGCCAUACAUGGCACCUGAAAGAAUAGACCCUAGUGCAUCUCGACAAGGAUAUGAUGUCCGCUCUGAUGUCUGGAGUUUGGGGAUCACAUUGUACGAGUUGGCCACAGGCCGAUUUCCUUAUCCAAAGUGGAAUAGUGUGUUUGAUCAACUAACACAAGUCGUGAAAGGAGAUCCUCCACAGCUGAGUAAUUCUGAGGAACGGGAAUUCUCCCCAAGUUUCAUCAACUUUGUUAAUUUGUGCCUUACGAAGGAUGAAUCCAAAAGGCCAAAGUAUAAAGAACUUCUGAAACAUCCCUUUAUUUUGAUGUAUGAAGAACGUACUGUUGAGGUUGCAUGCUAUGUUUGUAAAAUCCUGGAUCAAAUGCCAGCUACUCCCAGCUCUCCCAUUCCUUCUACUCUUCAUUGGAAGUCUCAGGAGUCUGCCACUUGUCAAGAAGGUGCUGAUCCUAAGAAUUUUCAUUCUCAAAAUUUGGUGUGCUGCCAACUUGAUGUUCCACCUGCCACAAACCACCAGGACUGAAAGAAGAAAAAAGUACAGAAGGCAAAGUUUACAGAUGUUUUUAAUUCUAGUAUCUUAUGCAGAACAACUUGUAGCAGCUAUAUAUUUCCCCUUGGCCCCAAGCCUGAUACUUUAGCCAUCCUAACUCACUAACAGGGAGAAGUAGCUGGUAGCAAUGUGCCUUGACUGAUUAGAUAAAGUUUUCUUGUAGGCAGCAGGAGACCAAAUCGCAAUUGUUUGCUUCUUGCCAUCACUGGUCCAGUCCUUCAGUUUCUGAAUCUUUUUUUCCCCUUUCUCUGUGAUCUGUUAGCACUAUAUGACUUAAUUCAAUAUUUUGCCUAUUUUUUUCUGUAGCAAAAACCUUUACCAGGGAUGUUCCUUACCAAAGAUUUUUAGCCCCAAAUCUUUCAUAAGCUCUAAUGUUUAAAAGGCUGAGGAAAGGGCCCGGCUGAUGUGGUAGGUGAUGAAGAGGCAUCGUUUCUGGAGACACUAUUGAUCAGAGGAGGAUCAGAAAUGGCAGUCUUUUAGGUACAUGCAUCCCCUACUAGAAUCUGGCAGUUCACCAUCAUUUCUUAGAAUUGGAAUUCUGCCACAGAGCAAACAAAAAAGCAAAACAAAAACCCAGAACCCUUAGAGGCCAUUUAAAUCCAUUACCUUUUGCUGUUUGCCUUUGCUUACCCAUUAGCCAGGCUCUCACUAGGUUUUGCUCCAGCCUCUGUGACACUGAACAUUAGGCUUUAUAGAACAGUUAAACAGCACCGGGAGUGGUUCAAGCACACUGGAAUUCAAAACAGCCAUGGUCUGAGAUGAAGGUGAUGCCAUUACAGAACCAAAUCGUAGCAGGUAUUGCUGUCUCCUCCCAGAGUGCCAGUCAUAAAUACUAUACAACAAUAAAGGGAGAAUGGUGCUGUUCAAAGUUACAUCCCUGUAAAUUAAAGAAUUAAAAAAUGAUUUAUUUCUUUGGUCCACUUGCCUAAUUUCCCUGUUUUCCUUCCACGGAAUCCUAUACCUUAGACUCCCCAGUGUUGUGAAAGAAGGCAUUGCUAUAUAUGUCUUUUUUUCGACCACACCAAGCCAUCAUCCUCCAUUGCUCCCGGGGACUCAAGAGGAAUUUGUUUCUCUGCUGUCAGCUUCCCAUCUGGCUCAGCAUAGGGUCACUUUGCCAUUAUGCAAAUGGAGAUUUAAAGCAAUUCUGACUGUCCAGGAGCUAAUCUGACCGUUCUAUUUGUGGAUGACCACAUAAAAAGGCAACUUUAGUGUAUUAAUCAUAGAUUAUUAUAAACUAUAAACUUAAGGGCAAGGAGUUUAUUACAAUGUAUCUUUAUUAAAACAAAAAGGUGUAUAGUGUUCACAAACUGUGAAAAUAGUGUAAGAACUGUACAUUGUGAGCUCUGGUUAUAUUUCUCUUGUACCAUAUAAAAUGUAUAAAAAUUAUCAAAAAGCUAAUGUGCAGGGAUAUUGCCUUAUUUGUCUGUAAAAAUGGAGCUCAGUAACAUAAACUGCUUCUUGGAGCUUUGGAAUAUUUUAUCCUGUAUUCUUGUUUGAAUUCCUCCUCUAUUUAAGAUAUAUACAUGGAAUCGAAGUGUUUAUGUAAUAGUUCUAUCCUUUUGCCUGCAGGUCAGUUGUAAUAAAUCUAGGAUGUGAUGAUGACUUUGUAAUUUGAUUUUCUGAAGUCAGACACUUGAGGGGAAAAUUAGGUAA